CUGCUGGAUUUAAGGACCAUCGACUCAAUGAAGAAAAUAUCGGCGAUCGCGGCGUCUAAACUCAUUCAUUGUUUACACUGUAUUAGUUCCAUUCGGCUGGGUUAAUAAUACUUUGAAGUGAAGGUUUACUUUACGAUCAUUGUCCUCUAGUAUGACUUUGUCGUUUAAUGUCAAGGAGAACCGGAAAUGUGAUUCUUCGCUACAAGAACCUUGCUUGGCACAAAACUUUGAGGAUGAAAGCAAAAGCUCGAAAAAUCAUUUGAAAGAGAAUGGUGAGUCCUUUUCCUUCUUGUUUUUUUAAACGUUGUGUUUUAAGUACUGCUCAGAAAAGAGACUAAGCACAUCAAUAGCUGCACUUUUUUCAAACUUUUCAUUAAAGUCAGCUGUUUGAAGCAGUAAUCAGAAAACUGGGACAUAGGAACGGAAUUUUUAAUCUCCUCGUCUCCUCGUCAAGAAAAAGCUAUGAUGGUUGUGAAAAUCACACUGAUCUUAUGCAAUCAAAUGUUCAUUAUUGCCUUAUAUUUUGAACAAGUUUUACUUUUUUUCAGUAAGCUUAAGAAGAAUGCCGUCAAAUUAGUUUGAGAUUUUUCCCAAGUUACUUGGCUGUGACACUAUCUAUCUAUGUUACCUUUAAUCCUCAACUCAAAGCCAGAAUAACGUCAUAUAAAGCCCAAUUCUCUGGUACCCCUAACCUAACUGUGACAUAGCUGCCGGUUUCCCUAACCUCUCUCAUGCUGUUCUGAUGUACAAGAACAGAAGUUGCUGGCAAUGUAAGACAUCACAGUCUUAAUGACCAACAAGUCUGCGAAAUUGACUUGAGUUCAACUCCACAGGCUUGUUAGUAAAGACUGUGAUGGCUGUCGUUGUGGCAGCAUAUACCCUGAUAUCAGAGCAGUAUUCCAGGCAGUAAUGAUGGCUUAAUGUUGCUAUAUUUGCUAGAAAGUUACCUCUGUCAUUGGAUUCCAAAGCUUGAUCUCCAUACAUUUCCUUAAGAAUUAGUUCAUAGAAUUUUAUAUAAGAUCAAAGCAUUUUUUCUUUAGGUGAUCAUUUAUUCUCAUAACCAUUUGUCUUGUUUAUCAUAGUUAGUAGAGCCUAACUAUGUGUUUACGUAUCGAUUCUGGAAGAAAAUUGAUGCUGGUCACUCAUGGGAUUUAAAGGGUUANUUUCCUUAAGAAUUAGUUCAUAGAAUUUUAUAUAAGAUCAAAGCAUUUUUUCUUUAGGUGAUCAUUUAUUCUCAUAACCAUUUGUCUUGUUUAUCAUAGUUAGUAGAGCCUAACUAUGUGUUUACGUAUCGAUUCUGGAAGAAAAUUGAUGCUGGUCACUCAUGGGAUUUAAAGGGUUAAUACAAGCUUCGAAGUCAAAAAUACUUUUUUUCUCUACCAUUACUUACCCUUGCUUUGUUUUUUUUUUCUCAGACAAUGUACCAUUCACAUCAUCUGCUACAUUCAGGACCAUCAUCUUUUUGGUUCUCACCCUUCAAGCCACAUGUUACUUCUCACUUCUCCGUUAUUCCAGAACAAGAACAAACAAGAUGUACUUUGCUUCCACUGCUGUUUUCUUAGCAGAAGUUAUAAAACUUAUGGUUACUUUGCUUAUAAUAUUUAUCCAAAGAGGAAAUCGCAAAGAUUUCACAUCAUUCCUUGUUGAUAAUCUUCUCACAAGCCCACUGGAUACGCUCAAGCUGUCAGUUCCCUCGGUGCUCUACAUUAUACAAAAUAAUCUGGUUUAUAUAGGCAUGACUCAUCUAGAGUCAACAACAUUUCAGGUAUGUACAUAGAUCUGGGUUUUGUGAGCCUCAUUUACUCUGGUUACCCCGGUAUUAGUCCAAUAGUCGUGUUUGUCAGAACGCAUCCUUAUCUGGUGUUCUUGUGGCACAAAGGCAAAAAUUUUUAAGCUAUCAAGGGCAACUGUCGAUAAGCCACCCCUAUUUUAUCAGACGCCACAGUGAACUGGACUCCUUUGGACUUCAACAGGCAAGAUAACAGGACAAACACGGAUCCAUAAUCAAUGAUUGUUACUAAAUAAAGACUAUUUCAGAUCUAUAAUGGAUAAUUUGAGAAGCUAUUUCAAACCCUCAACAUGUUGUUUCAUCUGAUACCCAAUAAGUUGGUAUUAGAAAACUCAGCUGCUGCCCCAAUGUUUUUAAACCCACCUCUUGGUGUCUGGAUAUCAGAUGAAAACACUGCAUCCUGUGUUUAAUAUAGUACUGAAAUAAAAUUAGGAGCUGUAGGUUGUAGGUAGGAAAUAGAAAUCUCCUAAAGAAGUGCACCUUGAGUGAGUUUAAAAAACACUUAAAAAAAUAUGCCACAGCUAAGGUUACUGAUGCCUACAGAAAAAGAUCUGAAAUACAUGAAUAAAAAUUGGACAUAACGGCGUAUGUCCUUUGUCUGAGCCCUGUCGAACUCUUUGUUUUGACAACAGACUUUUUACAAGAAGUCAAAGAAAAGAUUUAUGCAACUGGCUUGUUAGUUAAUGCACACUGUAUUUUUUCGGAAGGGACAAGUUAACAGAAGGCUCCUGAGGUGCCCUUGCACCCCCCAUUUUUUACCCCAGAUGUCCCUUCUCUCAUCCCACAUACCCCUUCUUCACCUCUGAUCAUACUGUUUGUGCCGCCGUUCAGACACCCCUUCCUCUCUUGAGCCAUUUUUUAAAGUCUACUCAACUAAACUUGCUAGAGAUAAUUGCAUGAGAUCUGAAGGUGUACAGCAACAAUAAAUAAUUUUUGUUAUCUAUUUCACCUGAUGAUAUGAUAACUGCUCCUUGCACUAAACUGUACUAUGAGAAUGCACUCAGUUGUCUCCUUUAUUUUCAGAUCACAAACCAACUGAAAAUUAUUAGCACUGCAGUCUUCUCCAUUGCUUUAUUAAACAGACAGUUAACAAGAUCAAAGUGGAUUUCCUUGGUUCUCCUUUCUAUUGGUGUCACAUUGGUUCAGAUUGACUCCCAUACAUCUGUGCAACCCAAUAUACUGCUAAACACUGAUGACGAAUAUGAUCAUAGAAAUGGACAGUCUUCAAUCCUGGGACUAAUGUCGGUUCUUACAGCCUCAUUAGUAUCUGGAUUUGCCGGUGUUUAUAUGGAGAAAAUAUUUAAAAGACAAAGGCAGACCUCAUUUUGGGUUUCAAAUGCACAGCUCUACACCUUUGGUAGUCUUCUAAGCUUUAUUGGAGUUGUUUAUCAAGAUUGGGCUGAUAUUACAAAGAUGGGUUUCUUUCAUGGCUAUGAUUUUGUCGUAUUGUUGGUGGUGUUGUUUGCUUCUGCUGGUGGUAUUAUUGUUUCGCUGAUUUUGAAGUAUGCUUCAUGUAUAACAAAAGGAUUUGCAACAUCCUGUGCAAUUGUUCUUUCAAGUGUAGUAUCAGUCUAUGCGUUCAGUUUUGUUCCUAGUAUUUUAUUUGUUGCAGGAGCUGUGUGUGUUGUUGUGGCAGUGUUAAUGUAUAGUUAG